AUGGCACCUGAAAGUAAUUCAACUGAUCUACCUCAAAAUGGAUCUGCAGCUUUUAUUUCUCAAACUAGCAGUUCAGUGCAAGGACAAGAAUUGUGGGGACAUUGGGAAAGGGUGAACGCAAUUGUGUUGUCCUGGUUGUUGUACUCUGUGUCCAAAAGUUUGUUGAGUGAUCUUGCAUUUGCCUCUAGUGUGUUUGAUGUUUGGAUUGAUCUAAGAGAAAGGUUUGAUCGAGUAGAUGGUUCUAGAACCUAUAGUUUGUACAAAGACAUAUCUUCUAUACAACAGAGUACUGCAUUUGUUUAUGAGUAUUACACAAGGCUUAAAACUCUGUGGGAUGAGUUUGAGAUAUUAGUGCCAUCUCCUUGUUGCAAUUGUGAGAUUUCAAAAUUUGUGACUCACAUGAACAGACAGAAGGUAUAUCAGUUUUUAAUGGGAUUGAAUGAAUCCUAUCGACAAGCCAGGAGUCAGAUUCUUAUGCUAGAUCCAUUACCAACAAUUAAUCAUGUGUAUUCUAUGAUAGUUAGAGAUGAAUGUCAAAAGGUUGUGGUAACAUGUGCUACUAGUUUGGGAAUGGCAUCUAUCAGUUUGGAUUCCUUUGUUGCUAUGUACUCAAAAGCUGGCAGUAGUUCAGGUGUUGGUAGUAGCUCUGUGGGUUAUCCUCCUGAUUUUAAAUCCAAAAGGAAGGUACAAGGGGGGUCUAGUCCACAAGCUAGCAGUCCUUCUAGUCAUUAUCCAUCAGCCUAUGCCAACUUUACAUAUGGUCUUAAUACAAAUAUUCCUCCACCUGGCUGGGGAAUCUCACUUAACCAACAACAACUUAUGAAUGGUCAUGCUCCUGAAGUGUCAUCUACUAUUACUCCAAAUAGAAUAAGUCAAGUUGAGAGAGAGUACUUCAGGUGCAACAAAUCAUAUGGUCUCUAUCUUGGACAUGAUGCGGAAGAUUCAGUGUCAAAACUUGCAGAAGUUAAACCUGUGUAUCUACCAAAUGGUACUACCACACAAGUAUCUCAUGUUGGUUCAUGUGCUUUAUCAGCCAGAAGUCUGGUCACUAAUGCAUUGCAUGUUCCUGAUUUCAAGUACAAUCUGUUAUCAGAGCUCUGCAGUGGGAAGGUGAAAGAAGUUAGUAAGGAAGAAGGUGGUUUGUAUCUACUAAUGAAGCACUUCACCAAUAAAAUUGAUUCAAGUCCUGGAAAAGAAGUUGCAUUUACUGUCAAUAAUACAAAGGCAGUAGACAUGGAGUUAUGGCAUCAAAGACUGGGACAUGUGUCUUCUGCAGUUCUUGCAAGGAUGUUUGCUAUGAGUCAACAAAUUCUGUGUAAAGUGACUAAUUGUUCUUUUGGGAAACUAGUCAAAAUAUUAAGGUCUGACAAUGGUACUCAGUUUGUGAACUCAGUGUGUAUAAGUACGUUCAAGGAAAUGGGCAUUCUGUUGUCUAGUAGUGUACUUAAGUAUGAGACACCUUACGAGAGGCUGUAUGGUCGGCAACCAGUAUUGACUCACCUCAAGACUAUAGGAUGUUUGUGCUUUGCCAAACAUUUGACUGAACAUGAAAAAUUAAUGCCAAGGGUCAGGUCUGCAGUUUAUAUGGGAUACUUUGAAAUUCAGAAAGGAUACAUUCUCUUUGAUCUAGGUAAAAGAUCAUUUUUUGUAAGUAGAGAUGUGGUUUUUAGAGAGGAUCAGUUCCAUUUUGCUCAGUGUCCUACCAUUGCAUGCCCUUCUCGAGUUCCAUAUGAUGAGACUGAGUUGCCUUUAAGUAAUGCAAUACCUGGUCCUGAGGUGGCUCCUGAUGAAGUAGUAUCAGAUUCUAUUCCUAAUGGUUCUAGGUUGGUUUCUGAGUCUAGAAGAUCCUUUAGACAUAAACAGCCUCCAGUUUGGAUGAAAGACUUUGUCUCAUGCCCUCUCAAUAAGGUUGUUCCCCACUCCAUUUGCAACAAUAUAAGCUAUGAUCAUCUCUCAUCUUCCUAUCAGUCCUACAUUGUUGCUACCUCUAUAAUCAAAGAACCUGAACCUACUCUGAAGCUAUGA